UUUCUUCUUCUACUUGAUCUCUAUGCCCGUAUGAGGCAUUUCUACCCUACUCGCCGUUCCUUGUGCGGGGAAGAAAACCCAUAGCACUUUCGCUAUUUUUCUUUCAAGCUAAUUACAUCGCGGUGGCUCUUUCGUUGAAGACGGAUUGCGUCCUCUUCAAGUUCUUUCCUCGAUUAUGUGCCGAAGUUGAAUUUCGAUUUGUUGCUGAAUUAGGUUAUGGAGCGGCGUAGAUUGCUUGAGGUGAUGCUUUUCAUAUGCCUUUUUGGAGCUUGUGCGGGCAGAGAACUUAAUAUAAAAUACAAAGAUCGAAGUUCCAUUUAUAACAGUACUCUUGCUAAGAUACUGGUGGAGUAUACUGCCGCUGUUUACACAGCAGAUCUAACAUCACUUUUUACUUGGACCUGCUCGAGGUGUACAGAUAUGACGGAGGGUUUUGAAGUAGUGGAAGUGGUUGUUGAUGUCCAAAGCUGCCUUCAGGCAUAUGUUGGCGUUGCACAGGAUCUUGACUCUGUUAUUGUUGUUUUUAGAGGAACCCAAGAACACAGUGUACAAAACUGGGUUGAAGAUCUUUACUGGAAACAGCUUGAUCUUAACUAUCCGGACAUGCCUGGUUCAAUGGUGCACCAUGGAUUUUAUUCUGCUUAUCAUAACACGACCAUGCGUCCUGGGAUUUUAUACGGCCUUCAAAAAACCAGAGAGCUGUAUGGGGACAUGCAAAUAACCGUUGUAGGGCAUUCAAUGGGAGGGGCUAUGGCGGCCUUUUGUGCUCUUGAUCUUAAAGUCAAUUAUGGAGCAGAAAAUGUUAAACUUAUGACAUUCGGACAGCCUCGGGUAGGCAAUGCUGUUUUUUCAUCAUAUUUCAAGACACAUCUUCCAGAUGCAAUCAGGGUAACAAAUGAUCAUGAUAUUGUGCCUCAUCUACCACCAUACUACCCUCUUUUCCCUCGGAAAACCUACCAUCACUUCCCCACUGAGGUAUGGCUUCAUGAUGUUGGAUUAGGGAGUCUCGUAUACAAAAUCGAGACAAUCUGCGACGAAACCGGCGAGGACCCGUCAUGUAGCCGGUCUGUCUUAGGAAACAGCAUUUCAGAUCAUCUUGUGUAUCUCGGAGUCAAUCUGCAGGCAGAAACCUGGCGAUCUUGUGGCAUUGUAACGGACCCAAACAUAAAGCCACAUCAAAUAGACCUUUCGGGGAAUUUCAUCAUCUUGCGCGAACCAAAUGCUUCAAUUCUGAAACACAGUGCAGCAUAAGGUAAUUCACGUUGCUGUACUGAUCAAAUUGUUUGUCUCUAUGUUUCAAAGAUUAAAGAGAAAAAAAGGAAAGAAAAAUGUGCACUGUACAUAUUUACAUGACUAAAAACCUGGAGUAGCAUUGUACAUAUAUACUCUCUGCCAGGAAAUAUAUGACUAUUGGGUGCUACUUGUUUGAUAUGUUCAUUAUUCAAUUGUAAUGCAAAUUAAUAGUCCCAAUCUCUCUUUUC